AUGGCAAAAGUUUUGCAGCAAUGUCAAUUGAUUGUUUGGGAUGAAUGCACGAUGGAACAUAAAAAAUCGUUGGAGGCUUUAGACAGAACUUUAAAAGAUAUACGGAGCAAUCAUAACCUAUUUGGUGGUUCAAUGAUUUUAUUAGCAGGAGAUUUUCGUCAAACAUUGACAGUGAUUCCACGAUCAACGCCAGUUGAUGAACUCAAUGCAUGUCUAAAAUCCUCUAAUUUGUGGAAACAUGUCGAAAUACUUCAUUUAAGCAAGAAUAUGCGUGUCGAGUUGCAAAACGAUCAAUCUGAAAACAUAUUCUCUAAACAACUCAUUGACAUUGGUAAUGGCAAAUUUUCUGUAGACAUGUUGACUGGCUGCAUUAACUUUCCAAGAAGUUUUUGUCAGUUAACUCGAUCAAAAGAUGAACUUAUUCAAAAGGUGUUUCUAGAUAUUACUCGAAAUUACAGAGACCAUGAUUGGUUGUGCGAACGAGUUAUAUUGGGUGUUAAAAACAUAGAUGUAAAUGAAUUAAAUUUCAAAAUUCAAGAACAAAUUACAGGUGAAUCGAGGAUAUAUAAAUCAGUUGAUUCGGCAACUAACCAAGAUGAUGUAGUCAACUAUCCACUGGAAUUUUUAAAUUCGCUGGAUUUACCAGGAUUGCCACCUCACAAUCUUCAAAUAAAGGUUGGAUCGGUAGUUAUAAUCUUGCGAAAUAUCAACCAACCGCGUCUGUGCAACGGCACACGGUUAGCGAUAAAAAAAUUACUGAACAACGUGAUAGAAGCAACUAUACUGAAAGGAAAGUAUAAAGGAGAGGAUGUUCUUAUACCAUGCAUCCCAAUGAUUCCGACUGAUGUGCCAUUUGAGUUUAAACGACUACAGUUUCCAUUGCUGCUAGCUUUUGCUAUGACCAUAAACAAGUCCCAGGGGCAAUCAUUAAGUGUUUGUGGUAUUAAUUUGGAAAACCCAUGUUUCUCACAUAGUCAAUUAUAUGUUGCCUGUUCCCGUGUUGGGAAACCAUCAGAUUUGUUUGUCUAUGCGCCAGGUGAUCAAACAAAAAACAUCGUAUACCACAAAGCUCUACAAUGA